AUGAUUGGAGUACAAACAGUCGUGUUCAUCACACAAAUGAAUGCCCCAGCGGGACUCGAACACGCGAUCGCUGAACCAGCAAAUACUGAGGGCAUAAGCAGUGGGUGUGAAGCGAGCGGAGUGCGUGAGGAGAUCGCGAGGGACUACGCCGCGUUGCAAUCGCGUCUGCGCAGGGAAUUCUCUGAUCGUAGAGAGAAGAUAUAUGCAGCGUCCCGACCAGUGGCAACAGAAGAGCAGCUGUCAGCAGAUUUUCACAAAAAGUUGACAGAAUGGCAACGUAUGAAGGGAGUGAAGCAACCACCACCCGUGCCAGCCCGCCAGGACCUAAGCGAUGAUUUUCUUAAGAAAUGGGAUGAAUGGAAAAGAAUGAAGGAAACUAAUUCAGUACCUGCUUGGGAAGAAGAGGCCAAACCUGAUGAAGUGUUAGUACAGACAUCCACAGGACUUUUCAAGUUCCAAGGUAUUUCCCGAUCUUUCACCCGAAAACUUCACGAGUGGGAGAAAUCGAGAGGAAUCGCACCGGAAGCAUCAACUUCUGCCCUACUCCGCGCAGCGCGAGCGAAAGGCAAGCUGCCCAGCACGGCACUCACACGCACACAGUCUGAUGGUAGUGUGGCUCCAUCAGCUAGCCCAGGACGAGUCCAUGCAUCUAGUCUAAGUGUAAACGACGCUGAUGAUUUCGAUUCUGAAUAUGAAAGGGAGCAUUCUCUGAUUGGUGCUGACGAAUGUGACGGUGGAAAUGGUCGUGAAGCAGUCCUUGUUGAAGUAGAGGCAGAAGAAAUUUGCACAGCCGCACCACUUGUUGCGGUGUCUCCUCGACACACACCCCAAAAACCAGUUUAUACAUAUGGACAAGCUGAAGCUAGGCAUUUGUGUGAAACUAAUUCUACUGUUACAGGAACUGCUGUUUUACAGCCUAAUGGCGCUGUUAUUCUUUCAGAUUCCCGAAGCAUAAAAUCCAAAGAACAGGCAACAGUCAGUACAAAAUCUUCUCGCGAACAGUUGACUCAAGAAAAAAGUGCUAGGGUGAAAUUAGUACGACAACCAAGUAUUGAAGAAGAUGCCAAAUUUAUCAGAAAAACUAUCGAAGAAAUAGAAAGAGGUAGCAGUUCCAAUCGUUUUAAAGAAUAUAAAUCUGAUUUUCAACGACUUGAUAAUUCAUAUGAUAAACAAAGCCCUUCAACUAGCAAAAGUGUUAGUUUGAAAAACUUAAAACAAUUUGAUAAUGUUAAGGAACAAAAAAAUGGUAGCGAUGAGGCAAAAGAUGAUUCUAAAAGAAAAGAUGUAGAUAAAAACAAUGGUAAAAAGAAAUCGAAAUCUCGUGCUCGGCUAGAAAGGGAACAGUCAAAGCCAUCUGAAACUGACACAGAGCCGGAAGUCGAUACGGUCACCGUAGAAAUUCCAAGGAGAAGAAAACGCCCUCGAAGACCUUCUGAAAAGCCUAGGACUCCACCGCUGCAUUCAGAUUCUGAUGAAGAGGUAUUUGUACUAAGACUCAAGGCGCCUGAAACACGUGAUAUUUCGCCUGAAGUGAUAGUGAAAACAACAAGAAAAAUAUUUUCACCUGUGGUCCGUAGUGGUGAAUCUAUCCCUAGAGCUGUCAUACCAGUGGAUGUAGAAGAUUUGGACGAAGUGAGACCAUUAACAAAUCGUAAAUCUGAACCAAGAAUGCAAAAAGAUCAUAGUAGAAAGAAAGAAAAUGAUAACAAAUCAAAAGGUUCUGGAGAUCUACAAGACGAAGAACCAAAGCAAAGCAGUCGACCUCCUCUUCCAUCAUCACCGUCAUCGCAACGGAAACCUCCACCAAAAGAAACAGCGCCUUCGAUUCGUAUAAUGAUUCAAAGAUAUAAUAAAAAAAUUAAUGAAGAAGGACCUCCAUCAGGCGCUAGUAGUGGUACAACUUCUCCCGCAUGGCGAUCUCCUAAGUCAGAGAGGCGGCGACCUCCUGAUAUGCCUAUGGGUGUUAAUAUAAGAAAUAACCCAUUUUUAGAGAGAGAAGUUCAAAAAUCGGCAAGUGCCUCUCAGCUGCCAAGACGCGAUCAAACCUCUGUAGAUAAAAUUUUAAAUCCAACGCCGGAAUCCUAUGAUGGUGUACUAAAAUCUCACAGCGCAAAUGCUUUACAUCCAAAACAGACUAGAUCUGUAGUUUCUCCUCCUAAAAUUGAAGAUAGUCAAGAAACUAUACAAAAUUCUGCAGCAAGUACUGAUACAAUAGUACCAGUGAAGCAAGAAAUUUUUAAUUUAAGCAGUGAAGUAAACACUUAUGUGCCACCACCAGUUUUAAGACAACAAUCGGAAACAAUAAUUCCAAGCUUAUCACGUUUUAUGGCAGAAAACCCUGGGUAUUUUGAAAGGUCGUUAUCUGCAACUGAACCACCAAAUCCUUCCAUUAACAGCGAAGUCGUGGCUGCCAAACUUUCAGAGAGAGCAGCAAGGAUACGAGCGGCGAGAGAGAAGUUUCUCUCUUCAACCACGCCGAUGAGACGUGAGGGUACAAGUUCUGCUAAUGAUUUGAGACCAGUUGAUCGAUCUAGCCGUAUAAGUUACGAGAGCGAUGCAGCAGAAAGCCAAGAAAAUACAUCAGAGUCAGCUCUUGGACGCAGUAUGUCUACUGGUAUGGUGAAUGUGGACAGAGAAGCUUGGCAGAGAGUUACUGAAGGUCCACGUCGAGAGCGACCCCGAUCACGCUUCAGCCUCGCUCGUCUUGCAGCGAAGCUACGUCGUAAAGACGAAAGCGCUGUUUCUCGUCUUUGUCGUCAAAGUCUUCUCGUCCAAUUAAGAAAA